UCCUACUCAGUACACUUAGCUCCUUCAAGUCAACCACAACCGCACCAUUACAAUGAAGUCGUCCACGCUGCUGCUGCUGGUGGUCUUGGGAUGUGUCCUGCCCGCAGCCGAGAUCGUCGCACUGCACUGCAAUCCGUCGGGCAACGAGAACGUAACCGCCAACGGUAGACCGGCGUACGCUGGCCAGUUCCCACACCACGCCCUGCUGGUCGUGCGCUUCGGUGAGGACGAAACACGCCACUGCAGCGGUGCACUGGUCGACGAAAAGCACGUGGUAACGGUGGCACAGUGCGUUGUCGGUAGCAGCUCCGUCGAGGUACAUCUCGGCUCGAACUGUCUGCUUGCGGACGAGUCCGACAAGUUCCGGUAUGUGUUUACGGCCGUCGAGUUUACCGUCCGCGACGGGUACGAUACGGAAACGUUCGUGAACGAUGUGGCCGUGGUGCGAUUUACCGAUGAGGCUGUGCGUCUUCCGCCGUGGGUAAAGCCGGUGCGUUUGCCGGAGGUGGAUGAGGAUCAGUACGUGGGGCAGGAAGUGCUGUCGAGCGGGUACGGUUUGAUGGACUACGGUACGGACGGUGCUGCCGAUGGGCUGCAGUACAUGCGGUUGGUUGUGCUGGAGCUGGAGGCUUGCCAGGCGGAGUUUGACUUCGUGAUGCCCGGCACGGGACGGUUCUGUGCGCAGGAGGCGGACCACGAGCGCAACUGUGUGAGUGACGUGGGCAGCCCGCUGGUGCGCAAGGAGGGUCGGCUGCAGGAGUACGUGCUGCUCGGAUUGACCAGCUUCGGGCAGAAGUUUGCGUGCAGCCAGGGUAACCCGGGUGCGCUGCAGGAGAUGCGCGAGCAUGCCACGUGGGUGCGGGAGGUGUUGUCGAUGGAAUAGGCAAAUAAAAUUGGAAUGCGUCCCGGCUCGUUA